AUGAUGGAGAUGCAGGGCGUACCUCUGCAUAAUCACGUCUCCCCUCCAGCCAACGAUCCUGAGCAGGAGAACAACAACAAGUCAGCCAAAAAAGGUGAGUCCUGCGGCGUUUUGGCUUCCCCAUACCUAGGAGAUCCCUGGGCCUGGAAGAACGCCACCAAUUUCAACGCACCUUCUCCCGAAGAGCCGUCCAGUCAGGACGACAAAAACGGUCACGGUGGCGUAAACCAGCUCGGCGGCGUAUUCGUCAACGGCCGACCAUUGCCUGAUGUAGUGCGGCAACGAAUCGUAGAGUUAGCCCACCAAGGCGUACGGCCAUGCGAUAUCAGCCGACAGCUGAGAGUCUCACACGGAUGCGUCUCCAAAAUACUAGGACGUUACUACGAAACGGGUUCUAUUCGUCCAGGAGUGAUCGGUGGUAGUAAGCCUAAAGUAGCAACCCCCAAGGUAGUCGAUGCAAUUGCAAACUACAAAAAACAAAAUCCAACCAUGUUCGCCUGGGAGAUCAGAGAUCGCCUGCUGGCCGACGGUGUUUGUGACCAGGACAACAUUCCCUCAGUCUCCUCAAUUAACAGGAUUGUGCGAAAUAAGGCGGCGGAGAAGGCCAAGCAUGCUCAUCAUAAUCAAGUGUCUUCUCCAUCGCCCCAUUCACCGCCACAACAAACACCGUCAUUGGAUGCCACUCGCCCUUCGUAUUCUAUUAAUGGGAUCCUCGGCAUUGAUGGAAAACGCAAGCGGCAACAAAUAUCCGGACCUGACCAAACCGACGUUAACUCGAACGGUGAGGUUCGGAGCGAUCUCGACGAGGGAGUCAAACGGCCGCGGACGGCGCAGUACAACGACCAGUAUUCCAGUCUUAGUCCCAAUAUGUGGCAGAAGUGGUCGUCGAAAGCGGAGGACAUGAAGCCCUCGGCUGCUGCGAUGGUCAACGAGAUCCCAUCGGGAGGUUCGGGGUCGCCCUACGCGUUGCAACAAUUCACCGCCGACCAGGCUUUCAGUCCAUCUACGACGUCGACGGUCGCAGCGGAGCCGAAGCAGGAGGGCGACGUUCAGGCAUUCGACGGUCUCAACAACGGUCAAGCGACCACGGUCUACACGCCGCCGAUCGGUGGAGUGAUGCCUGGUCUGACUCCUGUAGGCCUCCACGAUCUCGGUACGCGGUACGCUUCGAAUAAUUCCCCCGCCGCAGCUCCUGACACGUCGUCUCCUAGGGCAUUCGAAUCAGUCGCGCCGUCAGAGUCUCCCGCGAAGGCUGAUAGCGGGCCGCUUGCUUCGAUGGCUGCGCCGGCAUUGUCUUCUUUGACGAUUCUACAGCCUGUCCACUCGACGACGAUACCCGGCUACGCGUCGUUUGCACAAUAUGCGGCACCAGCUCCACUUAAACCGCAGCCCUUGCUCAGCCUUGAGGAUGCCAACCAUAAUACACAACCCCAAGAACAGUGUCCGGAUGUGACCGGCAGCGUGACGACAACGAACGCAACGGAUUAUCCCUAUGCAACACCGUACUCGCAGUACUCGACGGCAGCAGCGGGAGCGUACGCAGCCUACGGAUAUGGAUCUGGUUCCAUUCUAAAUCCAUCUUAUUACUACACUCACGGUGGAACACGAACGACUCCGUCGACCCCUUCAGCUCAGAGUGUCGCAUCCCUUGAGAACUACAAAGCCUCAUUGGAACGAUGCGAACAAUAG